AUGAGUGGUGAACAUGGAAACAUUGUCCUUCUUGAUCCAUCUGGAAAUGUCAGUUGGUCCUCCAAUCACACCCAAGUUUCGAGACCAAAUGUCCUGCUUUUGGAUAUAGGCAAUCUUGUGAUCAAAGAAGGAACCGAAAACAGCCAAACAUAUUUCUGGCAGAGCUUUGAUUAUCCCACACACAUUCUGCUUCCAGCUAUGAAGCUCGGAUGGAAGUUGAGCACAUGUUUAAACAGGUACUUGACCUCGUGGAAAAGAUCAGAGGACCCAUCAACAGGGGGCUUUUCUAUCAAACUAGAUCACCAUGGCUUCCCUGAGAUUUUCCUUUGGGACAUGAGGGUAUAUGCUGAUGGUGGCCAAGAUCUCAAUGUUCUAGGCGGGGGCUAG